UUCUGACAGCCAGCUUGCCGUCAGCAUUGUAUUUUGUGAAAAAUAUCAAAAAUAAAAAUAACUUUAUUUAUUUUUACGAAUAUAUUUUUGUAUUGAAAAACUUUAUAACAUGUGUAGUUAAUGAAUGGCGCGUGAUAAUAACACAAAUGGUGAAAUAAAAGAAUCCAUUGUCAUGAAAAAUGUGUUGCUGGUAUGCCUAUAGUCGGACGAAACGAAAGUGAUUUGUACAAUUUGUUGUGAUACGAUUCAUAAAAUGGCGCAGACGGUCCGUAAGCCCGUAGAGGGAAGGUAUCCCUCGUGUUAUUUACCCAACAGGAUAAAGGACAGACGAGCGAAGGCCAGAGCAUUGAGAUUAGAGCAGCAACGUAAGCCAGACAAACCGGAAGACUUUGUAUGCUACUCAGAUAGUGACAGUGAUGAGGAGACGCCCACACAACAGCACCAGAUACUGUCCACCUCAUACAACUUUGUGGACUAUGUACGAUCCAGAGAAAUUCAGGCACCAGAGGCGCGUUCAGUGGACCCGUCGUACGCGACGCGGCACAUGCUCACACACGACAUGUUCCGCGAGACGCCCAUCAACCUCGGCAGCAUGAACAAGGUGUUCUGCUCGCAAUGGCUGUCCGACAGGCAGGUCGUCUUCGGCACCAAGUGUAACAAGUUAAUGGUGUACGACGUCCGCACUAGAUCCCUGGACGCGAUCCCGACCCUCAGACCUCGGGCGCCGUGGGCAGGGCCUGAACACCAGACCGGCAUACACGCGCUGCAGAUCAACCCUUCAAGAACGUUGCUAGCGACUGGCGCCAGGAACUCGUGCGAGCUGGCCAUCUACAGCCUCCCCACCCUCGACCCCGUCUGCGUGGGGGAGGCACAUAAAGACUGGAUCCUGGACCUGUGCUGGCUGGACGACGAGUUCGUGGUGACGGGGUCGCGGGACUCGAAGCUGGCGCUGUGGAGGGCGGGCGGGCGCGAGGACGCGGAGCCUGCGCCGGCGCAUCACCACACAUACGUGGCGCCCGUCGCCCUCAGGGACUGCAGAUCUGGUCUGAAAGUUCGCGCGCUGACGUUCAACCCCCGCUGGCGCGAGAUCGCGGCGCUGACGCUCAACGGCUACAUCCACGUGUUCAACGCGGAGACCUUCCGCCAGACCCUCUCGCGCAAGCUGCCCUCCUGCCAGGACCUCGUCUGCCUCGCCACGCAGGAGAGCGGCGUGUACGCGAUCGGCUGCAAGUCGUACACACUGCUGCUGGACUGCCGCACGCUGCAGUCCGUGAAGAAGAUCACCUCGCGGUACAACGGCUGCGGCAUCAGAUCAGCAUCCUUCAGGGGGUCCAUGCUCACCAUCGGCACUGGACUUGGUUUGUUAAUGUUCUACGACAUGAGAGCGGGUAAAUACCUCGAGAGCAACAUACACUCCACCAAGACUGUCACGCUGAAGGCGUCCAGAGGCUACGUUUUCCCGGAGGAGGAGCCGGAGGGCGGCGCGCAGGUGAAGCACGCGCCCGCCAUCUACACGCACUGCUACGACGACAGCGGCACGCGCGUGUUCGCCGCGGGAGGGCCGCUGCCUGCCCCCCUGCUCGGCAACUACGCCGCGCUGUGGCAGUAGCCAGCUCCCACCACCCCACCAACUACUGUGAACCAUCAUCACUAACACUACGUUGAAAAGAAGAUCGUACUACGGAUUCCAAUACGUUUUGAGUAGGGGGGACGAAUUACGUAUCAAAUAGCAGAACCUCGCGAGCUACCCCACCUCACCCUAUGAGAGACACGAUUGUCAUAUGUUGAUUAUUGAUUGAAAAAACAUUUUGAGUUUACUGUCACCGUGGUUACACGAUUUAUAAUCGGAGUUUACACGCACCUGAUGUUCAAUCUGUCAAAUUUUAGUUCCGAAUAUACUCGCGAAGCGCUGUUCAAAUUUAACCCGUCAUGACUUGUCAAAAUUUUAUUUUCAAAUAUGUACAGGUAGCUGAAUGUUUGCCGCCAAACAUUGACAGCUACGCGUGUGACGGAAAAAUAACCUUAUUAUGUAGUAUAUAAGGUUAUAAUCCCGUGACACACGCAAAUGUCAUGUAGCUGUCUUGGCUCGCCGGCGAGCCACGAGAGACCAAGAGUUAAUCAAACAAAACUAUAACCUGACGUAUACUAUGACGCAAUUAUUCAUGUUAGGGGUACAAGACAGCCUGACAGAGUGUUUGAAAAUUACUAUAAAUUUUAGGUAAUGAUGAGAAUACAACGUUUAAAAUUUAUGAUCAAUAAUUAUGCAUAAAUUUUGAUAUUGUAAAAAUAGGACCAAAAUGAUAAUGGGUUAACAAAUAAUGGUUUCAAUAUACCGGGCGAAAUGGUAUGAAGCAUAUUUGAACAUGAAAAGUUUGUUCAAUCCUAAGGUAGUUCAGUAAAGUGGGGACAACAACAAGACAAGUCACAAGACAGAUAUUUACCGAAUUCUCAUGAAGUCUUUCACCGUAAUUUUUGUCAAGAAGCGCAGCCUCUUCAAAUGUACUGCAUAUUAAAAACGAUAUUUCAUGGAAUUUAAUACAGACAGUGGCAAUUUCAAAUGUAAGGAACAAACAUCGUCUUUACAGGAAAGUCAAAACACGAUUAACAUUUCUCAACUUUUUAAUGUGUAGAUGCUUUUUAAACACACUUUUAAUUUUAAAAUAAAUAAAUUAAUUUUGUAAAUGCAAAACUUAACUCAAAUUUUAUCAAUUUUAUCAUCUACAAAACCAAUUUGACCCUUAUAGUAAGUGGUCUAAAUAUACAGAUCGACUGAGAUCGAUCAUUGAAAUAAAAAAAAGAAAGUCUUCAUAGUCACGGGGGAGACAAUGAUAUAAAUAGUGUACUUACAGGAAAAUGACCCUUACGACUCUGAAAUUACCGCCGUCGAUACGACUACUCCCACGAUCUCUUACUGCUCAGUCGGUGAAAUGGCACCCUAAAAUCACCACAGGGCGUGUCGAUAACUUUUAAAAAUCACAUCCAAGUGCUUCUAUGUUAUUGCAAUACUUGAAUUAUUGUAAAUAAUAACGCAAUAAGUUUUUUUUAAGUCAGUUUAGUUUAGAUUAGUAAAAUUAUAUGCGCAGGCGAUUGACGUGGGAUAUCGAUAAAUUAGUGUUAUGGAGUAAUUGUGAGCUGAGAGUAGACGCCGCACUGGCAAGGGAAACCCGUAUUUUAAUCGGAUUCGACCUUACUGUUAUCACACUCUGGUCGAAAUUUGAGUGCUAUUGUUUAUUGGUUAGGUGUACCUAGAAAACGUGGGGUUAGCGUGGCGUCUAAAAGUUAUUAUUCUUUUACACUCCAAAGUGUAAUAUCAUUAAUAUGAAAAAAAAAGAUUACACUAAGUGUUCGAUAAGUUCAAAUAAGUAAGAGGGUCGAUAAAAAAUGUAUCGAUAAUUGUAUAUUUAAAAAUCCUCGUGAUAUCGAUAAGGGAUAGUUGGUAAUAAUUUAAAGUGAUCCUUAUUAACUUCCAAUAAAAGAUUUAUAAACAAAAUACCAACUUCAUUAAUGUUUUAGAACCCAACUUUCUAUUCCAAUGUUAUUUUCGAAUUCAAUAAAAUGUUUAGUCUUUGAUCAUAACAAUACACCCUUUAAUAAUUUAAAAAAAAAAGAUAAAAAAAUAUCUUUUUAUAAUCAAUGUGAAUUAGAUAUAAUUCGUGUAUAUAGGUGUUAAAUAUAAGUAAAACAAGACAUGCUUAUAUUUGUGAAAAUGAAUCUAAAUUCGUGAUGCUACUGUGUUCAAAAUUACGUAAAUUGAGAAUUGAAUUCGUGUCAUUGUAAAUUGUAUUUUUACUAUUCGUGGAAAGAGAAUUAUUUAUUGUCGAUAAAUUUUCGAAAUAUAAGCUACGUUUUAUAUUUACCUUUAAAAAUACUAGUGGGGCGAGAAUAUCGAUAAGGAAUCGAUUUCAAAUUUAUCGAUACGGAUUUUUAAAGCCAAUUUGCAAUCGAUAAAGAAAUCGAUGAUUUCCAAUCGAUAACGCGUCCCCACAACAUGUAGGUUUACGUCGAAAACGAUAACGAAGAAGCUCCCACGUCAAUUGCUCGCGUAUUUGAAAAAGUAUAAAAAAAUAUUUGUAAAGUAUAUUUAUUUAGAUCUUUUCGAAUAUUAGCCAAGGGAUAGACGAGGAGGUGCCGGUUGGUGCACGAAUGUGUCGCGUCGUGUCGAAUACUUUCCUUACAGCCAAAAUAAUAUAGCCCAUGUGUACUGAAACGGAUUAAUAUUGGCUCUUUUCACACGAAGUUUUCGAUUCCCGUCUUCAUAAUCGCCUAAUCUUAUAAGAGUGAGAGAUGUAGCACUUAUCGAUAUAUACAUAAGAUUUAUUUUUGUGUAUAUUAUAAAUAUCAAUAAAAACUGAUCGAGUGAAAAGAGUUGACAUGCGGAAGAUUUUUUCCAUCUAUGAAGAUUGAUAGCAAUAACUUAAGUAUAUUAUAGAUUGAUAAAGGCUUUCGCAAAAGUCCGUUGAACAUGUAAUAUUUUAAUGUACUUAUUAAUCUAUAUCAUUAGCUAUGUACUGGAUGUGUACACAUACAAAUAUAAAUUUAAAUCCAUAACUUCUACAACUGCAAUAACCGUAAUUAUGUUUGGCAUAAAUGUUUCUAUUGUACUGUAAUAUUUUAUUCCUCAUUUAGACUACUGGCAAAAACUUCACAGAAUAACAGGAAAAAGGCUUUUUUUGUCACUUCUUUUUUAGAGGCACGCUAAUUCUUGAGAGUUGUAAGUUCAUAACUUUUUAUACCCUCUCUCCAUUCCUGUAUAUUUAAUAGCAUUUUUCUUGAUAUUUUCGAAAUCUCCUUUGUUUCCUCCCACAAAAAAAACGCUGCAUAUAACUAUAAUUUAUGAGUAAAGAAUACACCCUAAUAAUCUUUACACUUGUGUUCGUCUAUUCUCGGCGAGUAUUUAUCAAGAUUUUUUUGUAAUAAAACUUAAACUUAAAAUAGACAAUUGUAUAGGGAAUAAUUUGUGUAUAUAUCUAAUACAUGGCUGAUGAUUACACUACAAUAAAAAUGGCGUCGUUUUUGACAGUACUCUCAUCGCUGUGAAUAUGUUAUGCUACUAGCUAGUCAUUAAAAUAAAAUUCAGAUCCGUAACCAGUCCCACUGCUGGUCUUAUGAGAGGAGUUUUCCACCGUGCUGGGCUUAAGUUAAUUAAUGCAAAAAUUUUAGAAAUAUUAUAUAAAAAGGCAGUAAAUAGUAAUACGAAAAAUAUGUAAUAACUGAUGCAUACAUGAUUGUAAGUUUUUUUUUCUUUAAUAUAAAAAAAGUACAGAUUGUCUGCGAGUCAGAAAAUAAUAUAAAACAUUACUAUCAGAGGAGUCGUUCUUAAAUAUAUAGUACAUGAAACUAUACACCAAAUAGACAAUAGUGACAUAAAUAGUCAAUUAUAUCGAUUGUAAAUAACCGAAGGGAGCUGUCAAAAACGCUGCGCCCUAUUACGUGUGUAAUAGAGUUUAUAUUCCCUAAUUCAUUGUGAUGUCACUUGUCAUGAAUGUACGAACUUCAGGAAUUUUAAUGUAAAAAUUUCACUCGUGAUUCUAGUGGUACCAAUUAGUGAUAACAUUUUUAAUAAUAAUGGGAAAAUAAGAUUUUUAAGCUGGCCAUGUUCUCUAUGACAAAUUACGCGUUCAACAGGUCACCAAAACCGUCGAUAUCGAUAAUAUCUGGAUUUCUUAUCUUCGGAUCGAUCGUGGAGAUUUUGAUUGAUUUGUUCUCAGAACUGUCCCUUUGGAAUGUUCCAAAAAUCGUGAUUCGUGAGUCGAUGAUUAAUUUUGACAUUUGUGAUUGGUCGAGGGACCGAUGCGUCAAACACGUGGUAGUAUCAACCAAUCACAAUAAAACGACACGGAGUCGUGUAAUGUUAGGAAUAACCGAUUGUAAUCGUUCAUUGAUGCUGUAAGGUACAAAUAAGUGAUCCAUAGGUAUCCUUAGACUUGAAUUCAAAUUGUGUUUUGUCUAAGAGCCUGCGUGUGUGUUCAAAUAAAUUAUUCGCCUGUUUACAUAUUGACCAGACAGGAGAUAGUACUCUUAUAAUUACAUUUUAUUUAAAGUCACGGUUGACAAAGUGAAUGUUGAAAUAAAACUAUCUUCCGAGUUUUUUAUAUUAUCAUUUUCUCCCGACGUGUCUCUCGGAGUCCCCCCGUAACCAUGAAGGCUGCAGUCUUCGAAAUGUCGGGCGAAAAUAAUGAUAUAAAAAACCGCUAUAAAAUCCAGAAAAUUACUUUUAUUUCAAUGUCUAACAUUCGUAUAAACAUAAAAAAUCAAAAUAAUGUUAUUAGUCAGCAUCUUGGUUGCGUUCAAUCUUCUACUCGUUUCAAAAAUCACAUCAGGAAAAGCCCUUAAAUUACUCGACUUACCUACAGAUCCAGUGAGUUAAUGUGUCCCAAUGCCAUGACAAGAAGAAACCUGCAAUAACUUGUCAUAGAGAAUACAGGCGUUGGUCCGUACUUGCCGCUAGAGGCGCGUGAGGUUUGUGUUGCCAGCGUAAAGAUGAAAUAACACGACAAAUUUUGGCGCGCGAGUGUAUGCCGUAUUACCUCAGUAUAUUAAGCGAAGCGAGGCGGUCGGCUUCAGUUAAUGUUAAAUGUACGUGUAUAUACACUGAUCUGUCGUGAACUAGCUGUAGGUUUCUUACGAGUGAGCAUCAUUGUCUAUUUUUGCCGCCAGGUAACGUCGUGUCUUAUUAAGACAUGUUUUAGGAUGUGGAGCACAAUGCAGUGCAUAACAUUAUGGAUGAUGCUUAUACUGUUUAUGGGAAGUUAUGACAAUUUUAUAGGCGAUGUAUUUGCUCAUCUAGUUAUGCAGUUGUACAAGAAAGUUUAGGCAUGUUCAGGACCUGAUUUAUUGCGUUCAAUGGCGCCUUUGUUGCUUAAUUUUUUAGAGCAGUCUUGGGUAUUUUAGCGUGUUCUUCACGCGUCCCGGUUAUCCGGUUAUCGGCACCGGAUAUCCGGCUAUCUCUCCAAACGUCUCGGUAGCCAUCAGGUGCAGAGGGUGCCGUGCCACGUAUGAAAAAAUAUAUGAAAGUACGUUCUCUACGAUGCCAUUGCUAUAUUGUGACGUCAUUAAACCUAGUUCAGGGCUAUUUAAAGUUCUAAAUCAGGUCCUAAGCAUAUGAUUGGAUAGUUCUGUUUGCGAUUGUACGAGCUUGAAGUACUAUAAGAUGGCGUUUAUGUACAAAUUUUAGAAAUUUCGUUGAAGGUUACGAGGGUUAAUUGAAUAAGACAUAAGUGCAACAAAAUCCUUGCAUAGCAGCGGUAAUGUAAUACUGACUCCAGGCAACUGAACUGCCUUGCAAUACACAUUCAGUUGAAGUUAGUGACGUUUCCAAAUUAGCAAUGUGUGACGUGAUGGUCACUGCAAAGUAUUUGAGUUGCAUAGAGUUAGGGGUUAUGGCCCACAGGCCCAACCGCGAGGAAGCCCUCCAAAUGGUGAAAAUCUCGAAGCCUUUAACUUAACGAUGCCUUAUUAUUGAGAAACUCGUUAAAAUUUAUUUAUUCGACUAGAAUAUGUUUUCGACCGCCUUGUUUCAGUAGCUUUCUAUCUUUUUUCAUGAUGAAAUGGCCGCCCACUGCCGUUUUGUGAUGGAACUAUAAUCCGUUCGCGUUAGGAAAAUAGGAAUUCGCGGUCAUUAAGGAUAAAGCCGCUAUAACUAGCCCGCAUUCAUAAACGUUAUUUAUCUAAGGACGGAGUAUUGCUGUGAUAACAAAUCUGUUUCUCAGUGCUGACGGCGGCGUGGCAGCCUUCGCAGUGCGUAGACAUAGGGCCGUUGUGAUUGGCUAAUAUUGAAAUACAACUUGAACUAGUUGGCUGUCAGAUAAACAAAGCUGAACGAACAGCAACCUGUCAGAUAAACAAAACUGAGAAACAGACUUGUUAUCACAGCAAUGCUCCGUCCUUAGAUAAAUAACGUCUAUGAAUAAGGGGGCUUGUCUUUAAGAACUGAGAAGAAUAAAAUACGUUGAAAUUAUUACUCAAAAUGUAUAUUUCACUCAGUAUAUUUUUUUAAAUGUCAAAAUAAGCACAGUUUAAAUUGUUUAUUUGUGAAAUUCUUCUUACCACUCGAGUUCUACUCGGUACACAGAGAACGCUCUCAAAUGCGUAAAUGUAUCUACAUUUUAGGGGUUCAUUUAUGCAACGCUGUUUGAAAACCAUUUUACUUUAUGACAUUUUUUUUAUGCUCAAAACAUUUUCACCUACACUUUACAGAUGAUAUCUAAUUGCUCUGUCUUUUUAUUUCAAAUAGUAUUACGGUAAAGUAAUAUUGUAGCCUAUUAUAAUUCUUGAAUAUUUUCUUGUAAAUUGCAUUGUAUUCUUCAUUGCUCGUUUUUUUAUAAAGGUUUUGUUAUAAAUAAGACCUUAUGUUCUAGAUGCGUUGAUUCACUAUUUUCUAACGCAAACGUGGUAUAGUAAAGUAAUUCGAUAGUUCGUAGUGUAGAUGUAAAGGGAGGUGUGAUCGACGCCAAUGUAUUGACGUGGUUUUUACAUGUAAUUUCUUACGGAAUAUUCAUACAAAUGAUAAAAGAUUUGGAUAUACUGA